ACCAAUAAUGCCUCAAUACCAAAUAUAAUUGACAAUUUACUAUAUUCAAAUCUCUCUGGCUUUUCUGGUCUCUCCGCCAAUGUUUUUCUCCGUCCUCACUACACUGAGGUCACAUUUCUUUACCAGCAAUGAAUGAAGUUUGAAUUUUCAAAAAUCUAGAAUUCUGCAUUUCAAUUUCCCCUCUCUCCGAUGGCCACCGCGGCAUUCAAAUCCACCACCAAGAGAACUUCCGUCGGAGCCUCCUCCGCCGACGACUCCGCCUCCUCCUCCUCCCUCCACCACCGCCGCUCCCGGAGCCUCAGCCGCCCCGCCCGUCACACAUUCCCCUCUCGUGACGACGACGGCGCCGAUCGCCGCGCUCCGAAAGGUCGCUUCGUCAACACCGUCCGCGGCUCCGUCUUCCCGGAGAUCAGCCUCGACGAUCUCGCCAUCGAGUUCUUCGAGUCCGCGAAUCGCGGCCGCUUCGGCGGUUCUAGAACCUCCGAGUCGGAGGCCAGUCCCGCCGGCGCCGGCGCGACGCAGCGCCGAGGGAGGUCGGUCUCAAGGAAGAGUUCCGGAACCGGAGAUGAUAGAAGGAGCAGUGUUGGCGGUGGCGGUGGCGGUGGCGGUGGGGUAAGACCUGUAGCCGAUGCGAAUUCGAGAAGACGGAGAUCGGUAUCGGUGGUUAGGUAUCAAAUUAGCGAUUCCGAGAGUGACCUGGAUCAAUCUCAGAAUUCUAGAAGUCGUUCCAAUCUGAAAAAUGCUGAUGUCGGGAACAAGCUAAUGCAUGAGCCAGUUGCUUCAGAUCAAAGACCAGUGCUCAGAAAGUCCCUAAGUCAGAGGGAUUUGAGGGUGUACGAUGGCUACUCUAAUUCUGCAUUUCAAUUUCCCCUCUCUCCGAUGGCCACCGCGGCAUUCAAAUCCACCACCAAGAGAACUUCCGUCGGAGCCUCCUCCGCCGACGACUCCGCCUCCUCCUCCUCCCUCCACCACCGCCGCUCCCGGAGCCUCAGCCGCCCCGCCCGUCACACAUUCCCCUCUCGUGACGACGACGGCGCCGAUCGCCGCGCUCCGAAAGGUCGCUUCGUCAACACCGUCCGCGGCUCCGUCUUCCCGGAGAUCAGCCUCGACGAUCUCGCCAUCGAGUUCUUCGAGUCCGCGAAUCGCGGCCGCUUCGGCGGUUCUAGAACCUCCGAGUCGGAGGCCAGUCCCGCCGGCGCCGGCGCGACGCAGCGCCGAGGGAGGUCGGUCUCAAGGAAGAGUUCCGGAACCGGAGAUGAUAGAAGGAGCAGUGUUGGCGGUGGCGGUGGCGGUGGCGGUGGGGUAAGACCUGUAGCCGAUGCGAAUUCGAGAAGACGGAGAUCGGUAUCGGUGGUUAGGUAUCAAAUUAGCGAUUCCGAGAAUUCUGCAUUUCAAUUUCCCCUCUCUCCGAUGGCCACCGCGGCAUUCAAAUCCACCACCAAGAGAACUUCCGUCGGAGCCUCCUCCGCCGACGACUCCGCCUCCUCCUCCUCCCUCCACCACCGCCGCUCCCGGAGCCUCAGCCGCCCCGCCCGUCACACAUUCCCCUCUCGUGACGACGACGGCGCCGAUCGCCGCGCUCCGAAAGGUCGCUUCGUCAACACCGUCCGCGGCUCCGUCUUCCCGGAGAUCAGCCUCGACGAUCUCGCCAUCGAGUUCUUCGAGUCCGCGAAUCGCGGCCGCUUCGGCGGUUCUAGAACCUCCGAGUCGGAGGCCAGUCCCGCCGGCGCCGGCGCGACGCAGCGCCGAGGGAGGUCGGUCUCAAGGAAGAGUUCCGGAACCGGAGAUGAUAGAAGGAGCAGUGUUGGCGGUGGCGGUGGCGGUGGCGGUGGGGUAAGACCUGUAGCCGAUGCGAAUUCGAGAAGACGGAGAUCGGUAUCGGUGGUUAGGUAUCAAAUUAGCGAUUCCGAGAGUGACCUGGAUCAAUCUCAGAAUUCUAGAAGUCGUUCCAAUCUGAAAAAUGCUGAUGUCGGGAACAAGCUAAUGCAUGAGCCAGUUGCUUCAGAUCAAAGACCAGUGCUCAGAAAGUCCCUUAGUCAGAGGGAUUUGAGGGUGUACGAUGGCUACUCUAGUCAUUCUUCUGCUCUCACGGAUGAUGAAGCAGCAACAGCUCACUCUGAUAAAAGUGGAGUUGCGAAACUACGGGCAGUUCAUGCACAGAAAAAGGUGCCACUUACUGGCAUGGAUAAAGGAUUGCACAAAGCAAAGCAGAAAGUAUUAAGGAAUAUGGAACCUGAACAGGCUGUGGUAAAACCGAGGACCUCCACUUUAUCCACUGGUGAUCAUUUGUUAUCAAGCAAUUCUUCUAUCAGAAGUAGCUACGAAACUGAACUGGAACAGUCUGAGAAGCGAAAACAAGAAUUAUUAGCUGAAAUAGUGUAUGAGGAGCAGCGAGGCAGAGAACUUUCUAAGAUUGUUAGUGAAUUGAUUCCUGCCAAGGAGGACAAUCUUAUACAAAAUCCAUCGAGAAUCAGGAAGAGAAGUAAUGACAGAAGCCGAGUGUCAAUGCGGUUGACUGAGGAGGCUGAGAGAUAUAUUGAGGAUUUUAUUUCAAAUGUUGAAGAUACAGAUAUUUCAUCACUUGAUGGUGAAAGGAGUGAUGCAAGCUCAUCCAUUGGAGGACUAAUAAAACCAGAAACAUUUAAUAGCCUUCCAGUCACUAGAUCUCUUCCUGUUUUGAUGGAUGGAGUUGCAUUGCCAUGGUUGCAAUGGGAGACAGGGAAUGAUGCUUCUCCUAUGACAAGCCUGAAUAAGGCACGUAUGGCAGUCACUCCAAAAACUUCAAGUUCUACUCAGGAAAACAUCAAAGUGGAAGAUCAAGGUAGCAUUUCUAUUAGCAGUCGUGGAAGCUGGAGCCCUGAUUACCUUCAGGAGUAUGUUGGAAAAGAUGUAUACAGUAAAUUUGGAGAUGCUUAUUGUCACACGGACCAGUCAUUAUCAGCUAAAUCCAAAGGAUUAAGGUAUGAUAUGGAUGAUUACCUCAAAGUUAAAAGUAAUGAAGAUUUGUUGAUUGAGAGUUGGAUGCAACGGCGUAGAAUUAAUUCAGGCAGUCUCCUAUUGUGUAGCCUAAGAUUAUUUUAGACAUGAUAUGUUUCUGAAGAAUGGCCAUUCCUUCUUCUCACUUGGCAUGAAUUCUAUGUACAGAUAAUUGCUAUUUAUCUAGUAUGCUUCUAUAUAUAAGUUGUUGAUGAAGGAUGA